AUCUAAUUCAGCAACGACAAGAGAGACAUUGACUCAGGUCUUUUGAUGAACUGCAAGGUUUUGGUAUCAACAACCACAUCAGUGACGAUCGACAACUUUUGAGACUUGACAUCUCCUUGAGGGACAGGCGUUUAGAAGCAUCUCGGGACUUCUGGAUACCGAGGCCAGGGGUAAAAAGGGUGUCGCCGCCCAUAGCAUACCUCACCAGAUCGGGGUCGAGUCGAGAUGUCGAACAAUAUCAAGGUGGUGUGCCGAUUCCGACCCUUCAAUCGUAUGGAGAUUGAAGCGGGAUCGGAGGAUUGCGUCGAUAUCGACGAACAAUGUACAACGGUAGCUUUGAGAAAUCCGAACGCCUCGAGUCUAGCGGGUCCCGAGAAAGAUGGUUUCACAUUUGAUAGAGUGUUCAAACAGGACACGAGACAGAUAGAGAUAUUUGAGUGGGGAGUGAAGGGGAUCGUUGAGGAUGUGAUGACCGGCUUCAAUGGGACGCUCUUUUGUUACGGCCAAACUGGUAGUGGAAAGUCUUUCACUAUGAUGGGAGCGGACAUCGAAAGCCAAGAGAUGCGAGGUCUCAUCCCUCGAAUCGUUGAACAAAUCUUCGCUUCAAUCAUGUCCGCAGACGUUACGAUCGAGUACACCGUGAAAGUCAGCUAUAUGGAGAUCUACAUGGAGCGGAUCAAGGAUUUGCUGGCUCCUCAAAACGACAAUCUGUCCAUACAUGAGGACAAGCAACGAGGAGUUUACGUGAAGAACUUGACUGAAGUGUAUGUGGGAUCAGAGUCAGAGGUCUACAAAGUCCUCAAGGCCGGAGGAGCAAGUCGAGCGACGUCUUCAACCAAUAUGAAUGCUGAAUCUUCUCGUUCACAUUCCAUCUUUGUCAUUGGCAUUCACCAGCGGAACACUGAGUCGGGGAGUCAAAAGAGCGGAAAUUUAUAUCUUGUCGAUCUCGCGGGAUCUGAAAAGGUCGGCAAAACUGGUGCUACAGGUCAAACAUUGGAAGAAGCAAAGAAAAUCAACAAAAGCUUGUCGGCAUUAGGAAUGGUCAUCAAUGCUCUGACCGACGGAAAGUCCUCUCAUGUGCCAUAUCGAGAUUCCAAGCUCACAAGAUUGCUUCAAGAAUCGCUCGGAGGCAACAGCCGGACUACUCUGAUCAUUAAUUGUUCACCGGCCAGCUUUAACGAGCCAGAGACUCUGUCGACGCUGCGUUUCGGCACUCGGGCCAAAUCGAUCAAGAACAAGGCUCAUGUCAACGUCGAGAUGUCCCCUGCAGAGCUCAAAGCCUUGCUCAAACGGACCGUUGCUGAGCUGGCCGCCGUCCGCGAGCACGCUGCGGCAUUGGAAGAGGAAGUCAAGACGUGGAGAUCGGGUGGCUCGGUCGAUCAAGAUAAGUGGACACCGUCAAUCUCCGAGGGUUUCAAGAGCACGUCCGGAUCUACACUGGCAGCUAGGAAAGCGACAAUGAGUCCAUCUCCUGUCACACCGGGAAGUGGGACGCCGAGUCGUGCCGGCACACCUGGUGGCUUACUGCCUUCUCUUAUGGAUGGCCGACCUGAUACACCGAGCUAUAGUGUGGGAAGCAUGGACAAGGACGAGCGAGAAGAGUUCUUCAGACGGGAGAAUGAGCUCAGUGAUCAACUCGCCGAAAAGGAAUCUGCCCUGUCCAAUCAAGAAAAGGCAAUCGCUGAUUUGCGAGACGAGAUCGCUUACCUCAAAGAGCAGGAGGGUAGUGCCUCAAAAGAGAAUAAGAGCAUGUCCUCAGAGCUUAGCGAGCUUCGUAUCAGUGCUGCUCGCCUUGAAGCGGAUGCCAAGGACGCCACUAUCACCUUGGAUAGCUAUAAAGAGAAGGUGGCAGAGUUGCAGAAAGAUAUUGAGGAGCAACGAGCAAAGGUCGAGGAGAUGAAGAAGUCACACAGCCGCGAGAAGGAGGAAGAGAAGGAGAAGCGAAAACAAGAGAUGCUCAACGAUAUGAUGAGCAAGAUCGACAUGGGUGGAGCAUCCCUGGACUCGGCCGGAGAAAAGCUGAGACACGUCCUCAAAGACCUCGAAACCAACAAGGAAAACGCGUCACCUCAAUUAUCUGCACAGGCCAAGGAGUUGAUCAAAACUCAUCUAGCGGAGAACCAGGACUUGGUUCGAGACCUCAAGGAGCGACUGAGAAUGAGUCAAGAGGAGGUCGAUGUGCAAGGCAAGAGGCGGGCAGAGGUCGAAAAGAUGUUGGCGAAGCGGGAUCAGGCAUACGAGGAGCUUCUAGACAAGACUGCUUCAAGUCAGUCUGUGGCGGUAGCGGAUAUCAAGGCCCAAUUCGAAGCUCGAUACCACGCUCAAGAAGAGAUGCUUCGCAACGAGGUGGCCUCUUUGAGCGAGCACCUGGAGAAUCGUUCCGCCGAGAUGAGGCGAUUGCAAAAUACUAUCGAAAGCUACAAAUUGUCGAACGAGGAGCUCAAUCGCGCUCUGUCGGCCGCCUCGUCCAGUGUGGAAGGAGGAGAAUCAUUUGCGAGCUCGACACGUGAAUUUGAGCGGAUACGAAAGAACUACGAAAUUCAAUUCUCAGAGUUCGACAUCGUCAAGAAGAGCUUGAUGAAAGAUUUGCAGAACCGAUGCGAGAAGGUUGUUGAGCUAGAGAUGCAAUUGGACGAGGUCAAAGAGCAAUACAAAGUCAUUGCUCGAUCGGCCAACUCAAAGUCCCAGCAACGAAAACUUGAAUUCCUGGAACACAACUUGGAUGCCUUAAACGAUGUGCAGAAGCAGCUUGUCGAACAGAACACUGCUCUGAAAAAGGAGACUGCUAUUGCAGAGCGUAAACUACUCGCUCGUAACGACCGCAUUCAAAACCUCGAAACCUUGCUCACUGCCGCUGAAAACAAGGUCGUAGCGAAGAAUCAAAAGUAUGAGGCUCAUAUUCAGGCGUUCAGGGAAAAGCUAUUGGAGGCUCAAAACAAGAACCAAAACACCUACAAUCAUGGUCGCAUAGCCAAGCCGUUACGAGGCGGAGGAGGGGGACCCGUUUCGCUUCAGCAAGGCACCUCUCCGGUCGCUGGGCUAUACGGGACUUCUAGUCCUCUUGCGCGAGUUCAACAGGAUGAAGGGACAGGCAAGAGACAAUCUUGGUUCUUCUCGUCGCACUCGCCGAGGUGAACUCUCGGGGGUCUGGUCGCGCCUUUCACAGCUUGAGAUGAGAUAUAGACCUAUACCCUGCAUGCCGGUCUGUAUAUACAGCUAUGAGACCACCUGUGCCCUUUUUAGAACAAGCUCUAGAUACCUGUCACUAUCAUUCGAGACUCAAUCCCGGCCACAAUGUAUGAGUAAUGAGCUGC